UCUCUCUCUCUCUCUCUCUCUCUCCUCGCCAUUCCUGUAUAAAGAAUAUAAGCUCUUCUCCUUCACUACCACCGCCUCUUCUUCCUGUUCUUCCCAAACCACUUGGAGCAAGCCCAAAAUCUCAGCUGGGUUUUGCUAAUCCUCGAUGCUCGCCCAUAAAAGAGCCUCCUUUAUCCACUUCACCCUCUCUCCUCGUCUGGGUACUCGUUGAAAUGGGAAACAGGGGACUCCCCUGCUUCUGCUCCCUCCUCCUCUUGCUCCGCUUUGCUCCCCUUAGCUGUUCCCAGAGCCAACAAAGCUGCGACUCGAGCGAUUUGAAUGCGCUCCGCGGCGUUGUGGAGGGGCUCCAAUCGAGUGAUCUUGGGUGGAGCUUUAAUGGGUCGUCCUCUUCAGAUUGCUGUACUUGGGUUGGAAUAUCCUGUGAUUUGGGGUCUGCUCUGGUGAAGAGGGUGAUUGGUUUGGAUCUCUCCAAUAAGAGUUUAAAAGGCUCCGUCUCUUCUUCUCUGGGUGAUUUAGACCAAUUGAAGCAGCUCAAUCUCUCCAACAAUUCCCUUAAUGGAUCAAUUCCUGUGGAGCUAUUCCAUCUGCCUCUUUUAGAGCUCCUUGAUCUUAGUAUGAACAUGUUAUCUGGACUUAUCCCUGCGGAAUCGAACCUCCCGUCGAUUCGACUAUUCAACAUUUCCGCCAAUUCGUUCAGGGGCACGCACCCGAUCUUCGCCGGAUCGAGCAAUCUAUCAGUCUACGACGUCAGCUCGAACAGCUUCUCGGGCCCCGUCGAUACAGGUAUCUGCAACUCCUCUGAUUCCAUUCAAGUGCUUCGGUUCUCGGCGAACAUGCUCUCCGGCGAGUUCCCCGUCGGCUUCGGGAACUGCAGUUCCCUUUCCGAGCUCUCGCUCGAUGCAAACGGCCUCACCGGAACUUUGCCCGAUGAUCUCUUUACACUGUCCUCGUUAACCAAACUAAACCUCCAGGGGAAUUCACUAUCUGGUACCGUGAGCAACAAAAUAAGAAACCUUUCCAACCUUGUUCGUAUAGAUACUUCCUCUAAUAAUUUUUCCGGGGUGAUCCCAAAUGUAUUUGAUAGCUUACAUAAGCUAGAGUUCUUCGAUGCUUCAUCCAAUGAACUCACCGGGGGUUUGCCCCCUUCUUUGUCUAAUUGUUCGACACUCAUUACUAUUAGGUUGAACAAUAACUCUCUUACGGGAAAUAUCGAUCUUAACUUUACGGCCUUGCCAAGGUUAAAGCAUCUCAGCCUAGGAAUGAAUUUCUUUUCCGGUCGUAUCCCUUCUGAUCUUCCCAAUUGCUUGCGGAUGCAGAGCUUAAAUCUUGGUGGGAACAAUCUCGUAGGCGAGAUACCCUCUAGCUUCAGAAACUUCACCUCUCUAGCCAUGCUCGGGCUCUACGUAAACAACUUCUCCAACUUAUUCUCGGCAUUGCAAAUCCUGCAGAGCUUGCCCAAUCUUACAUACGUUUUGCUUGAUGAGAACUUCCGCGACGGUGAGUUAAUGCCGUCGGAAGGGAUUCAAGGAUUUGCUAACACGGAAUUCCUCUCCAUUUCGGAUUGUAGCCUUUCCGGUUCUAUCCCGCCAUGGCUGGCCAAUUUGACCAAAUUGAAGUCCUUGGACAUUUCCUCCAACUAUUUAUCCAGGAGGAUUCCUUCAUGGUUGGGGAAUCUUGAUUCUCUCUUUUACCUGGACUUCUCUAGUAAUUUGCUCACCGGAGAAAUUCCUACUAGCUUAACGCGUUUGAGGAGCCUUAUGUACGGUAACUCAUCACAGGAUAUUGUCCUAAUGUUCGAGAGAAAUUCAAGUGGUAAGUUUCUACAAUACAGUAGCCUACGACCGUCGAUAAUUUUGAGCAAUAAUAAGCUUGUCGGGUCGAUCUUGCCCGGGUUUAAUACUCUUGUGAACCUCCAUGUGCUGGAUUUGAGUUUCAACGAUAUAUCGGGAACUAUACCCGAUUUGUCGGGCAUGUCAAACUUAGAGAGCUUGGAUUUAUCACACAAUCAUCUCACCGGUGCCAUACCGCCGUCUUUGAGUAGAUUGCAUUUCCUUUCCAACUUCAGCGUGGCCUAUAACAAUCUAUCUGGGCAAAUUCCAACGGGGGGUCAAUUUGAUACACUUAAUGAUCCGUCAAUUUAUAUGGACAAUUAUUAUCUUUGCGGACCUCCAACUGUAAAUAACUGCUCUAAAGAAGAGCCAAACCCUUAUACUGACGGAGAAGGCAACAAUGAAACGAAGACAACUUGGUCAUACUUUGGAACAGGGUUAGGAUUUGCCAUUGGAUUCUGGAGCGUAUGCGGUAUUCUAAUAUUUAAGGAGUCUUGGAGUAAUACUUUUUUUGAGAUGAUUGAUAAGUUAUUCUACAAAAUAUAUAUAAUAAUAAUAGUAAGGAUGAGAAGGUUGAAUGGAGAAAUAUGCGGAUGAAAACCAAUUUGUCAAGCUCUUAUCUUUCCAUUUAAGAAAUUUGCCCUCUUGUAUAGUGUUUCUUAUUUUCAUGUUGCACGGGAUUUGUUAUUGUAAAGAUAAAAAUGUGUAAAACUUUUCUGUAUUAAGAGCCAUUUUGAUUUCACUAUUCAA